GCUCCACAACGCGGACGCCGGCCCGGUGCACGCAGUGCACGCAGUGACGCCAUGAAGGGCAGCGUCGCGGUGCGACACCUGGGCCAAGGCGGCCUCCAAGGCCUCGGCCACCACCACCACGACAGCCACCACCACUUCCCGGCCACCCCGAUGGCCGUGGACAGCCUGCACCACCACCACGCCAACAACCACAACAGCCACCAGCACAUGGCGCGCGUCAAGGCGGGCGUCGCGGCCAGGACGUCGUCGUCCUCGUUCGCGUCCUCGUCGUCGUCGGGCGGCGCUGCUGCGGACACGCGCCACACGGCGUCGUCGACGACCUCGUCCUCCGGCGGCGGCACCAGGCAGACGUCGUCAGAGCGGCUCGCGACGCCCGCCGUGUCCGAGAGGCUGACGCCGCGCCGCUUCCUGGACAAGUACUCCCUGCCCAGGGUGGUCCGCGUGGUGGCGGACGGCGGGCGCGCCAAGCAGCCCAUGAGCGGGCCGCUGGCGCAGCCCCUGCUGCUGUACAGGCACUACACCAGCUGCAAGGUGCUGGCGCGCAGCCUGCGCCGCCCGGGGGACAAGGCGGCCAACAAGGCGGCCAAGCACUCGCGGGACGACAAGCACGCCCAGCACGAGCCCAGCACGGGCCCGCCGCUCGUCAUCCCGGACUCCUACCAGGGUUGGUUUUCGCUCGUCCGCGAGCGAAGUCUUCAAACCCGAGCCAAGUUGUACUCGUCCAUCCAACAGCUGGUGAACGCGCGCGUCGCCGUGUUCCUGAGCAAGGGCUCGCUCACCGGCUUCAAGCUGGCCCAUGCGCCGUCACCUGGCGUCGACGGCGACAUGGCGGGCCUGGGGCUGUCCGGCAGGCGUCUGCAGUACGCCCGCAGCACCGUCCGCGGCGGCCAGGUGCUCAGGCUGCUGGCCGUCUUCGAGGACAACGAGAGCGGCAACGCGUCGGCGCGCUCCCGACGGGGCCCGGGUGGCUCCGGCGGCCUGGGGCUCGGGGGCCUCGGCGUGCUCGGUCCGCGAGGGGCCGGCUCGGGGUCCGGGCUGGGCUCCGGGCUGGGCUCCGGGCUGGGCAGGGCACUGCCGGCACCCCUCGGCAGGAUGGGCAGCGCGCCCACGCAGUACGCGCAGUGCCUCACCGCCAGGAACGAGUCCGUGUUCGUGCCCGUCUCCGCCACGGGGUCGUUCUACGCCGUGGCCACGGAGGACUCCGCGGAGAGGGACGCUGACGGUGACGUGGACGACGACCUGUCCCGGGUGUACCAGUUACCACAACUGCUGCGGCUCACGGCCGAGCCCCUCCCCGUCAAGGUGCAGCUCGUGUGCGGCCCCAUCCAGAGCCCGCUGCCGACCGGAUUCACAGGGCUGCUGCUGUUGGAGGACUUGCAGCAGGAGGACGUGAUCCUGGCCUGCACGAUACCGCGGUCCUGGGCACUGCCGUGCGCCGCCCCCACCACCCCCACCCCCUCGACACCCACCCCAGGCAGCGAUACCCCCGCAGCCAGCCCCCCGCCCCCGGCCACCGCCACCAACACCACCUCCACCACCACCUCCUCGUCGUCGUCGGCAUCCUCGACGACCCCCGAGGAGGGCGACAGCAGCAGCAAGCCCGUCUUCCUGGAGAUGGACGCCGACUCCAAGUUCCUGCUGACGCGUCCGCUGGCGAGCCGCGAGGCGGAGGCGCGGUUCUUCAAGACGCCGCUGCUGCGAAGAGUGCUGUCGCACUGCCGGGAGCGCGCCGAUCUGUGGUCCAGCCAGAUCAAGGUGACGCACCACGUGUUCCCCUUCCCCGACGUGCCCAGCAGCAGCCCCGCGCCGCCCGCCCCCGCCACCCCCAGGGCGCCACCAGCCCCCGCUUCGAGCGCCCCCGGUGGAAGCACCAGGUCGCCAUCGGAGCAAGGGUCGUCCGGGCGCGCCAUCCAGGGCCUGUUCCGCGUGGGCGGCGCGGCGAAAGACCGCGAUUCGUCCGCACUGGGUGGCAGGGCGUCGUCGCUGUCCUCGGGCGGCACCAAAAAGUCGCAGUCGUUCAGGUACGCCUCGCCCUCGCAGGCUGCUCUGGGUGCGGCUGGAAGCAAGCCUCCCUCAGGCACCACCCCGACCGCCGCGACGCCGUCCACGCCAACGACACCGUCGACUCGGGGCACGCACCGCGGCACGCACCAACUCCUGCAGCAACUGCAGAGCCUGCCGGGCCUCAAGAACCUCCUCCGCCGCACCAGCAGCGUGUCGCCGUCGGCGUCCUCGCAGCCGCCAGACGUGCCGCUGUCCGUCGUCUUCCCGGAGCUGUUCGGCUUGCCGGCACCCGCGGCCGCUGCGGAGGACGCCGCGGUCGGUGGUGGGCCCAGUGGGCAGGACUGCGGAGCCGCCAAGCACGGCAGCAGCCACGGUAGUAGCCACGGCAGCAGCAUGGGGGGCGCGAGGGUGAGCGCGCAGACGGCACCCCAGCAGCAGCUGUGCUUCUACGCCGACGAGCUGCCGUACGGACGCGUGGCCGACGCGCUGCCCGUCCCCGCCAACCAGCCCGCCGCCAAGCUGCCCCCGCGGCCUCGCGUGGGGAGGACUGUCGCAGUGCGCGGCCACAACCCACGGAGCCGCGCUUUGUACGACGAGGCCGAGGAGGGCGACGAGGAGGACGAGGACGAGGAUGACGCGGAGGAGGAGGACCACCGGAACCGCCACCAGCGGCACAGCCACGACGACGACGAAGAGAACAUAUAUGCCGAGAUAUGCGAGUGUCCGCGUCGGGGCCGCGGUCGCGCGCAGGGUGUCGUGGUGUCCGGUGCCAGGGUCAUCCUGACGACGGCCUGCUCGGAGGAGCGGCGCGGCUACUACACGUUCGCGUCGGCCACCAGUAAGGACCAGUACUACACGGGUGGCAGUGACGGCACCUUCUCGGGGACCAUGUCCUCGUCAAACCCUUCGAACCCGGAAGAGGACCUGUACGACAACGUGUGCUGACCAAAGGCCUAGUUGUGGAAGCCGAAGCUGAGCGACGGGAGUCAAGGCACACUUCUUUGGGGUCAGCGACUGAUUAGUACCCUCUAGGCACGGUAAAAUUUAUGCUGUUGUUUUUCUUCACACUAGUUCUAAAAAUUUCUUGUUCAGCAGCCACUUUAGAACAUGUGACAAAAAAAUAAGCCUUUUAAGUGUGUUCUUCAUGUUGCCCUGGAUGGAUGGAAAUGCCAUCAACGUUGCUUGAAAUUGAAGACCUUUUGAGCAUUCUUUUCGUAUGGUUCUAAUUUUCCAAUAUGUGAUUGAUUUCUCAAGAAAUCCUGUGAAUAUGUUUGUGAAAGCAUUUAAUGUUGUACUACGGUUGUUCACUAAAUGAAACCAAGUUUUUUUUACCAUAUUUGUAAAUAGGUAUUACUGUAUAAAUAAAAACAAAAACAAUCUUGUA